CCGGCGAGCGUCCCCGCCCUGCGCGCUCCCUUUCCCUCGCGAGCUGCGCCACAAGGGCGUCGCAGCUGCCCCGGCCAGGGAAAGCGAAACCAAAGCGGGCCUUCCACUCCCCAUCGGCCGGCCGGGGGCAGCGGGGUCGCGCUCGCUCGGCCGCGGAGCCGGGCGGCGGGCGUAUCGGCCGGGCCGCAGGCGCCCGAGGGUCCCGGGUCUUCCGGCCGCUACUGCGGCGGCGCCUCCCUCCCUCCCUGCUUCCCGUCCAGUCGCCGGCCGCCCGGCCCGUGAGCGGUGCGCGGAAUGGGCAGGUGCUGCUUCUACGUGGUGGGGACGCUGUCCCUGCUUCUGCUGGUGACCAGUGUCACGCUGCUGGUGGCCAGAGUCUUCCAGAAGGCCGUGGACCAGACGAUCGAGAAGAAUAUUGUGUUAAGGAAUGGCUCGGAGACCUUUGAGUCCUGGAGGAAGCCCCCUGUGCCCGUGCACACCCAGUUCUAUUUCUUCAAUGUCACCAAUCCAGAGGAGGUCCUCAGAGGGGAGACCCCUCGGUUGGAAGAAGUGGGGCCCUACACCUACAGGGAACUCAGAAACAAAGAAGAUAUUCAAUUUGGAGAUAAUGGAACAACAAUAUCUGCCGUGAGCAACAAGGCCUAUGUUUUUGAACGAGAUAAAUCUGUUGGAGACCCUAAAAUUGACUUACUUAGAACAUUAAAUAUUCCUGCAUUGACCGCCAUGGAAUGGGCCCAGCUACCCUUUCUCCACGAGCUCAUCGAGGCCCUGUUGAAGGCCUAUCAGCAGAAGCUCUUUGUGACCCACACGGUGGAUGAAUUGCUCUGGGGCUACAAAGAUGAGAUCUUAUCCCUCAUCAACAUUUUCAAACCUGACAUCUCUCCCUAUUUUGGCCUGUUCUAUGGGAAAAAUGGGACUAAUGAUGGAGACUAUGUUUUUCUAACUGGAGAAGACAAUUACCUUAACUUUUCCAAGAUUGUGGAAUGGAAUGGAAAAACGUCUCUUGACUGGUGGACAGCAGACGAGUGCAAUAUGAUCAACGGAACAGACGGAGAUUCUUUUCACCCAUUAAUCACCAAAGACGAAGUCCUUUAUGUCUUCCCAUCUGAUUUUUGCAGGUCAGUAUAUAUAACUUUCAGUGACUUUGAGAGCGUACAGGGACUGCCUGCCUUGAGGUUUAAGGUGCCUGCAGAAAUAUUAGCCAAUACCUCAGACAACGCUGGCUUCUGUAUACCUAAAGGAAACUGCCUGGGCUCAGGAGUUUUGAAUGUCAGCAUCUGCAAGAACGGUGUACCUAUUAUUAUGUCUUUCCCACACUUCUACCAAGCAGAUGAGAAGUUUGUUUCUGCCAUAGAAGGCAUGCACCCAAAUAAGGAAUAUCAUGAGACAUUUGUGGACAUUAAUCCUUUGACUGGAAUUAUCCUAAGAGCAGCCAAGAGGUUCCAAAUCAACGUUUAUGUCAAAAAAUUAGAUGACUUUAUUGAAACGGGAAAUAUUAGAACCCUGGUUUUCCCAGUGAUGUAUAUCAAUGAGAGUGUUCUCAUUGAUAAAGAGACUGCAAGUCGACUGAAGUCUGUGAUUAACACUACUCUGAUCCUCACCAACAUCCCCUACAUUAUCAUGGCGCUGGGUGUGUUCUUUGGUCUGAUCUUCAUCUGGCUUGCGUGCAGAGGACAGGGAUCCACGGAUGAGGGAACUGCAGACGAAAGAGCACCCCUCAUACGAACCUAACCUAACCAUGGGCUGCGCCUGGGGAAGGAAGCGUGCGAGCUGUCGUGACCUGGACCACGACAGUGGGGCAACUGUCUGCAUCCUCACAGGCUUGUCAACUGUUGCGAGAGGAGGAAGGAGACCCCAUGCCUGCGUGUGAUGAGCACCUUCUGGCAGAGGUUCAAGAACAGGCUGCUUGGUUGGCCGUUAGGAUCCUGUGGUCCCUGACAAAUUGUUUUGUUUUUCAUGUGUCUAGCAAGUAUUUAAUAAACUCUGGUAUAGUAA